AUGUCCGGUAAAAAAUUCAUCGAUUUAAAAGAAAACGAUUUUGUUGAGUUUUAUCUCUAUCCGAAUAUACCUUCAUCGUUACCUCUUUUCAAAAACGAUUUACAGGCAGUGGAAACAUUAAAAAAACAAAUAUUGUCAAUUGUAGAAAAAAUAUCUGAAAAAUAUAUUUGGCACAAUGAAGGAUUUAAAAUUUAUGCUAAAAAUUUAGUGUCUUAUGAAUACUCAAACAACGAAGAAUCAGAAGCAUUUUCAUUUUAUGGUUCACUUAAUUAUGGUGAAAAUAUUGAAGAUGAAUGGUUUAUUGUGUAUAUUUUGACAGAACUGACAAAACAAAUUAAUGAUCUUGUGGUAAGAGUUAAAGAUACUGAUGGUGAAUUUUUAUUGAUUGAAGCUGCUGAGAAUUUGCCAUCUUGGGUUACUCCAGAUUCAUGUGAAAACAGAGUUUUCAUUUACAAUGGUCACUUACAAAUUUUACCCAAAUGUUACAAACCUAAUAAGGAUGAAUAUAUUGUUACUGAUGAAGUAAUCAACUAUGUAAGGCAAAAUACGAACAAAACUCAGGUUAAAGAAAGUGUGCAAAAAGCAAUUGACCAAAGAAUUUCAGGCUAUCCUGAGAGAAUAGAAGAAAAUUUUCACAGGGUUAAUUUAUAUGUGCCUGUAGGAGUUGCUGGAUUACUUAAUGCUAAACCAAACUUAAUUGCUCCAGCUGUAAGAGCUUUUUACGAACGAGAUCUUAUGGAUAUUAAGGCAUGUCAGGCGAUGAGAUUUUUUCCUCCUGAAAAUAGAGUUUUAUCACAAAUAAAGUUUACAAAAUGUUUGUAUGCAAUGCUUUCUACUUCUAAAUAUAUUCCCGAUAAAAGAACCGGUUGGAGUUUGCCUCCUCCGAAUGAUGAAAUGUACAAGUCUCACUUGUUGGGAAUAAAAGUUGCUUGUGGUUUUGAAAUAUUAUUAUCAAGGGUGAGAGGAAAACUGAGUAAAUAUGAAGAGAUGGAAGAAAGUGAUUUUACCGAAGAUACUCAGUGGAAAAAAUUUUUUAAAUGUUUAACUGCAAGAAAUUAUUUUCAAGGUCUUUUAGAACAUUCAAAAGAAUAUAACAGACUUUUAGAAAAUGCAAAAAAAUAUUAUCAGUCAUCUUGCGAAGAAUCUGUAAAGCCCAAUCAGGCAAAAGAAAUUAGUGAUUUGUUAGAAAAAUUAGAAAUAGACACAGAUGAAUUAAAAGAAAAAGAAAAAUGUCUUCCAGAAUCGGAUAAAGAUGAUUGGAUGAAUAUAACUCAAGAAGACUUAGAUGCCAUGUUAGAAACUAGAUUCGGUAGAGCUAGCCAAGUUGAAGGAGAUUUAAUUAAUGGAACAAAUAAUAUUGCCGAUCAUUUAAAAACUUUUAUAAAUCAUAUAUCUGAGAAAACAAAAAAAGGAAUAAAAAGUAAAAAACUCAAGACUGUAAAAUUUUCUCCCGGUACAAAACUUCACAGCUCAACCUCCGAAGAAAAAAUAGAAAAAGUUGAAAAAGAAAAUAAAAUUCAAUUCGAGCCUGACGGUUUUAUAAACGCCAUACAAAAUAUUUUAGAUUUUUCCAUUCCCGACGAUAAUUAUUGGGAAAGUGAAGGAUCAGGUAUGAGUUCUUACGAAGAUGAAAGCGAUAUGGAGCUUCCAAUCACUAAAACAUCCGGGAAUAAAAAUAAAGAAUUGAUCAAAUACAUGAAAGAAAUGGAUCAAGAACUUUCAAAUACGACAAUCGGUAAAAGUUUCGAAACGAAGACAAAACUGGUUAAAGGGGAAGAAAAUGAUAGUUUUGAUGAUAUUGAAAAUUUCGAACCGGUUGAUUUGGAUAAAAAUGCACUUAAAAAUAUAUUAUCCAGUUACCGAGCUCAGUUAGGGGAUGCAGUUAUGGAGGAGGAAUCGAAAAAUGAAUUGCAUAUCAAAUCGAAGGUAAAAAUGGCGGCUCAAUCGUGUUAA